UGCAUACCACAAGUUCUCUCUAUAUAUACACACCUCCACUAGUAACUUCUCCAUCAAAUCAGUUCUCUUCUAUCCAAAGCUUAUUUUUUGUGCCAAAUUAAACAGUUUUGCUUUUUUAGCUUACUCUUAAAAGACAAAAACAAGUCACAUUUUUUCCCGUAAAACCAAAACUUUGUCACCUAAAUUUUCUGUUCAACGAUUAUUGUAUAUCAAACUGGUUAUUUGAAAGCUUGAAAAUGGAAAUGAAGAAGGUCAUGAUGAGCUCAUCAGGGAGAUCAAAGGAGAAGAAGAGAUCAAUAAGUAGAAGAUUGGGGAAGUAUAUGAAGGAACAAAAGGGAAGGAUUUACAUCAUCAGAAGAUGUGUGGUCAUGCUCCUUUGUUCGCAUGAUUGAUUAAAAAGAAAGUUUUAACAAUGCCAAGUUCAAAUGAAUGCACGUGUGUGUGUGUGUGUGAAUGUGGCUUAUUAAGUGAGGGAAAGAUUAGUGCUAGCUAGGGGCGAAAACCGGUUUGUUUGGUUUUAUUUUGUAAUCUUUUACCGAAUUGUAUAUAUAAUGACCUCAACCGGUCGAUUCGAUGGUUGUUUUUCUUAAAACUAAUGCUGUAUGCAAUCAUUUAUAUAUUGAUUCAUCAAUGGUUAUUGGUUAAGAGUUCUAACGCAUUAAUCAGUUGUGAUAGACCAUCAGAUCGAUUAUCUAGAGAUGUUAAAUAAUCACACUAGAUUUAGACUUAAGUUAUCGUAUUGAUCAAUAAAACUAGAA